AUGGCGGCACCCCGUGGAGCGGUGCUUUUCACACGGAAUGGCCAUGAGAUCGAUGGGGCCGCCACGAUGCGCGCGACGUACCCGGCGGUGUCCGCCGCACUUGUGGAGUCCGCUAAAGACACCUACCGUGGCCGCCCGACCGUGGCUGAGCUUCUAAAGGAGCAGCAAGUUCUGGAGGAACGCUACGAGGAAUUUCUUCGCGCGUCUCGACUGAAGACCCCACUUACCGAGACUAGCCUGCAGGCCAAACAGUUAUUUGGAUGUACGGAUGAUUUCCAGAAAGAGGAGCUUCAACAUGAGCUCAUACGUGUGUCCGCCAAGCUGCGCGAGCAUCGCCGGGUUCUUUGUACACAACUCAAGGACAACCCCAACGACGUCGACAACUGGCGUAAAAUCUCGAAUGAAAGAGAAGAACUAAUCACGCUUUUGAAAGACACGAUCAUGGAGCUUACGACAGGGUACCAAGAAUCCACGCGCUACUCUUCUCAACGCGGAGGCUCUCAACAAACUGGGUUGGGGAUGGGGGCUUUUUCUAACUUGGGACAGCAGUUACCUAGUUUAUGUCGAUCUACGAGUGGGACCUCAAUGCGGUCCUUCGGUAACAUUCAAGGGACGCUUAAGGAUGAUCUUUCCGAAACGCCUCCUUCUCGUCUAUCACAUACAAACACACUACACACGACACUCUCAAAACGGUUUGGAAGUACAAUGCAAAUGCGACACGCUGUAAAAAACGUCCCCAAUCAGCCUCGUAUCCCACUCACCUCAUCCUUCAUAGGCUUCACACAAAAGGUGUUUCAAGAACAGGCCGCACAGCGUUGGGCCGAUGCGCUUGUUCGCAAGCAAAAGGAACUCAACCAAAACGUGAAGCAACUACAACAUAACAUGGCGCAAGAGCGUAGCCUCAAGGAGUGUGAGUUGGCCGAACGGCGGGCUAAAAUAGCCGAGCUGCGGUUUGAGUUGCGCGAGAAGAGGCGCGCGCUUGAGGUACGCACGUUAGAGGCAAAAGCCGCAAUGGAGGCUGCUACCGAGGGUCAAAAACGUAGGGCAGAAGAAGAGCAACGCGAGGUGACUAAGAGUAUGAAAACCAACCAACAACUCCUCCAGAUGGAGAACGACACACAUAAAAUGUACGUUGAGUUUCUUUAUAAUCGAAUCCAAGAGCUCGAUGCGAUGGCUUUGGAUUGGAAUCGCAAGAACCAGACCAAACUCAAGUGGAUAGAGGAAAUGAAACUUGAUGCGGAGCAGACGCGUCAGCAAUGCUCAGAGCGACUACGCGACUGUGAAGCCGAAAUGGAAGUUCAACUCAACCUCCAGGCACAGCGUGGGGAGAAGCGCCGGAAAGAAGCGGCAGCGACCACGGCGGAGGAACAGAAAAGUGAGGCGGCUUAUGAGGCAGCGUCCAAGUUGCAAUCAGCCAUUCGUGCUAUGUUUACACGAAUGACACUGAAAAAGCUAAAGAAGGGUGGAAAGAAAAGUAAGAAAAAGGCAUAA